AAUAAUUAACUAGAUUGGUUAUUUUUCAUGCAUAACUAACAUAGACCAUGAAACACUGUUAACAAUUUAUAUGCAAUAUAGUUGCACAUUGUCAAAAAUGUUUCUGCCUAAAAGGUAGCAUCUCUCAGGAAUUGUUUUGAAGAACAUAUGACAAUAAUUUGCCAAUACAUGAGGAACAUGUAUUGAUCUUAGCCGUCACUUCACAAAUACCAGUCACAUCCACAUUGGCAGAUGCCACUACUCGCACUAUUGUAUAAUAGGUACACUAAAAGCUUUAUAACCUCAAUACUGUCCAAGAGAACUGUCAAAAUUAAUUUGACAACUGAAAGUCUUGAGCUUGUCAGACCAGAUCAGAAAUCUAAAACAAAAAUGGGACAUUGCUUAAGCCUCUCCUUAAGUUGAACAUUUUCAUUCACUUCCUGCCCACUACCAUCACCAGUUGGUGCAACUUACCUUUCAGUGGUGUGGUGGCUUGCACACAUUUUCAAUCCACAGAGUUAUGUCGGCACGAGCCUUGUGCUCCUGGCAUGUCUAACCAAGCCAAACAGAUUCUGACAUGCAAUCUGGUAUACUGAAGACAAAAUAAGAUGGCCAGUCUGACUAUCCUACAUUUCAAUGAUGUAUAUAACAUUGAAGGACAGACAGAUGAACCUGCUGGAGGAGCUGCCCGUCUUGCAGCGUAUGUUAAAUCCUGUAAGCACCUCGACCCCCUUGUGUUAUUCAGUGGCGAUGCUCUUAACCCAUCUCUGAUGAGUAUUUUCCUAAAAGGAGAACAAAUGAUACCAGUUCUAAAUGAAAUUGGAGUGAAGUGUGCUGUUUAUGGGAAUCAUGAUUUUGAUUUUGGAGUAGAUCAUUUGGAAGAUAUUGCUGAACAAACAACCUUCCCAUGGUUACUCAGUAACAUCAAGGACAAUGUGAAUGAAGAGCCACUUGCUCGGGGGGAAAUAACUUGUGUUUUGCAACAUAAUGGCAUUAAGCUGGGAAUUAUUGGUCUUGUUGAAGAAGAAUGGAUUGCAACUCUGUCAACAGUGGAUUCAGACGACAUAACAUUUUUGGAUUUUGUUGAUGAGGGUCGUCGGCUGGCUUGUGAUUUAAAGGAGCAGGGAGCAGACAUUGUCAUAGCACUGACCCACAUGCGGUGGCCUAAUGAUGAGAAGCUUGCUGAAAAUGUUCCUGAAAUUGACAUUGUCUUGGGAGGUCAUGAUCAUGAUUUUGAUAUCAGACAGGUAAAUGGAAGAUAUGUGCUAAAAAGUGGGACAGACUUCAGGAACCUGAGCAAGCUGACAUUAAUGCAAAACUGCAGUGGGUGGGAUGUCAGCAUAGAGCGAGUGGACCUGACAUCAGAUUAUCCAGAAGAUGCUGAAAUGAAAGAACUUGUCAACAAAAUGCUGUCUAAAGUGGAUGACAAAAUGGACACCUAUUUAGGUACCCUUGGUGUGGAUAUGGAUGGCCGGUUUGGCAGCGUACGAACCAUGGAAACAAAUCUUGGAAACUUUAUCACAGAUAUCAUGCUAACUGCAACUAAUGCUGAAGUAGCUUUGCUGAAUUCUGGCACCCUCCGUUCUGAUCGCAUCCAUCGCAAAGGAGAUUUCCGGCUUCGUGAUUUGCUAACCAUUCUACCUCUGCCAGACCCCCUUGUGGUUAUUCAAGUCUCAGGUAUGCAGCUUCUUGGGGCAUUAGAAAAUGGAGUGUCUCAGUAUCCUCGAAAAGAGGGUCGUUUUCCUCAAGUAGCAGGUGUGAGCUUUGGCUUCGAUCCCACCAAACCACCUGGUCAUAGAGUGCCAGUUUACGGUGUUCGAGUUCAGGGAGAAUGUUUAGACUUGGACAAGUGCUACAGGGUUGUAACUAAAGAAUACCUUGCAACUGGUCAUGAUGGCUAUGACGUGUUCAGGGAGUGUGAGUGGUUGGUGAAUGAUGAACAGUGUCCAGCAUUGUCGACUGCUGUUCAAAACUACUUUGAGUCUGUUCAGAUCUACCAAGGCAUCAAAGAGUGCAAGUCAGGGCACCGCCAACCAUUAGUCCCUGUGAUUAUGAAAGAUCGCUUGGUGCGUCAGGCAAGUGUAGAGCAUCCAGACCGACCACAUCACUUGGUCCGCCAGGAAAGCAUCCAUGAUGCAGAAGCAGAAAGCAGCUAUCUAAGUCCCCAUGUUGAAGGUCGAAUCUUUAUUCUUACAGAAGAGACGUGUGAAGCUAUGCAGCAGAUGGUUUCUCCUACUGUACUUCAUCACAACCUCAGCAUCAUAAAAGAGGCUUCUUCAGCCAGGAGCUUAGAGAGUCUGGAAAAUAUACAUUGAUUUAUUUAUAACUUUAACUAUGAAUGGGUACCAUCCUAAUUUUUUGACAGCCCUUCCAAGUGCAAAUGCACUUACAGAUAACAUGUGCAUUGUGUGAGCAAACAGUAAUUUCUUUAAUUACUUUUCUUCACAAUUAUAUUCUUUUCACAUUGCAUAUACAUAGUACUCAGAGCAUGUCAAAUGUGUUGUCCGUUAUCAGAAAAGUGAAUGAUAUGAGUUUAACAAAGUCUUAUGUGACCGAAAAGACAGUCUGCUAACAUGUACUUGUUCUUGUGGGAAGCACUUAUCUACAGGAUCAUAUCCAUAUCAGUUUUUGGAUCAGCAUCUGUUGGAGGAGAAGGGCCUUUUGAUAACAAACACGAUGAUCUAUAUGUGCAAUCCAGCAAGAAAGAAAUUUUUUUUAAGAUUUGUGCUCCCAACUUAUUAAACCUUUGUUUUAUAUUUUCAAAUUUAUAAAAAAAUUUCAAAUAGCUUGUCAGUUUUUAUAAGUGUUCAUAUUUAGAGGCAUUAUAUAUUUUGCAUUUACCGUUAGUGCAUUGUAGAUUUUGCAUUUUUUUCUACAGCUGCAGUACCGCAUUGACCAAUUGUACUCUAUUUUCUUUAAGCAUCUGACCUCUUUGCAUGGCUUCUAGAGGUAUAUGAGGCUACAUAUAAGUGGUUCCAGGGCCCAUAGAUCACUGUUUAUAGGAAAGUGUAACUGUGAUAUCCAAGACUUGCAAUGCUUGUUACACGAAAGAAUGUAAAAGGCGUUUUGUGUGAAGCUUUCUAAAAUGACCCGCGUUUUGAAGAAGGAGUUAUUUUCUUGGUUUGUAUUUGUUGCAGUUAUGCUCAUCUUGUAGUUUAGUAUUUGCUGAUUGGAAUUCUUCUUAUACUUCAGCAUUAUGCUCAGGAUGAUUAUGGCAAAAAGAGAUUUAUUAUUUGAGAAGGGAAAACUACUUUAUUCUUGUUUUGGGGAUUUAGUGCACAUUCUUCUCCUUGUUGAUGUUUAAAUAUUUUGAGAAGUUUUCACAGAUGCCUUCAUUAUGCUGAUCUGGUUUACUUUGGUAAAAAUUAAAAUUUUAUAAAAUGUUGCAUAUUUUGGUUAGAUUUCUCUGUCACGCUGAUUUUAAACGGGUUGGUAUAUGAGAUUUGGCAAAGUUUAUUAAAUAUCAUAGAAACAUUUGUAAGAGCAUAAGAUAUGACAUUUUAAGUUGUCACUGCAUGGAUACAACUUUACUCAUGCUGAUCAAAGGUGCUUGUCAAACAAUUUACUUUUGUAUCUUAUACACAAACUGGUUUCCAAGUAUGUCUCUCAGGUAUAUUUUCUUUUUUGUAUUAAUGUUGCUUUUUACUUAGUUUAAUGUUUAAUAUGUACUCUUCAUAAACAGCUUGCAUUUUAUGGAAACAUAAGGUAUGUUAUUCAAAGACAAGUUAUUUAACGGUUUCCAAAACCUAAAUAAGAACAUAUUUAUAUGCAGCUCAGACCUGAGAAAUUCCAUCAAACUGGUGUAGCUUUUUUUGUUGAUACAGUAACUUAAAUUUAUAUAUAUAUAUUGCUUAUAUAUUUUGUAUGCCUUCAUAUGACUUAGAUCUUUUUAUUUCAAAAUUUCAUUAAAUACAAGUCAAUAUAUGUAUAUGACAACAUUAUUGUUAUCAUUGUAUACGUACUAUAUGGAUUUUAUAGUUUGAUCAAAAUAUUUUAUAUUUACAUUGUUUGCUAAAUUAGAGAUGAGCACCUCCCUCACAUAAUGCUGGCCCCUAACAUAUCUUUAACAUAUCACUCCCCAGUGACCAGAUAAUAGGUAUAUAAGGAUGACCUUUACCUGGGGAAGCAGAUAGCCAAAUGGUUAGAAGACUGGUGUCCAAACUUAGAGGUAUGCCAGUUCAGUAUUGGUGUAUUGCAGCAAACUUCCCCACCCACUUCCCCCCCCCAAAAAAAAAAAAUCAGUCCAGUUGUCAGGAAUGGUUACCUGACGCCAUAGAAGGUUGGGGAAGGUAAGGCAGCAAGGGAGGGUAGGGCACUGGCCUCUCAUAAAGCCAGCCCCAAGCAAAAUGGUCUCUAACACUAAUUCUUUCCAACAUUCGGAAAAAGGUGAGGGGAUGACUUCAUCUUUAUUUAUAUAACCCUUUGUGAAUUUAUCUUACAAGAUUAUUUUGCUUUUGAGUGUUACUUACAUUCCAUGUGCUGCUAAAUAAACUAUUACACAUGGUGAGAUAGAAAA